AUGGCUUUUGAGUCUACGGCGGACGACAAGAAAGUCAAGAAGAAGAAGGUCAAGGAAGAGGAACCAGCCCCGGCUCCCUGCCCCUGCUCCGCCCCCGCCCCCCGAACCCGCCCCCCCGCCCCGUCCCCGGCCGUCACCCCCCCCGCCACCCCCGCCUCCUCCAAGCCCUCCUCCCGCAAGUCCUCCUCCAAGAAGGCCAAGAAGACCGGCUCCAAUGUGUUCGACAUGUUCACGCAGCGCCAAGUGGCCGAGUUCAAGGAGGGCUUCCAGAUGAUGGACCGCGACAAGGACGGCGUCAUCGGCAAGUCGGAUCUGCGGGCGGUCUUCGACGACGUGGGAAAGAUCGCCACCGACAAGGAGCUGGAGGACAUGCUCGGCGAAGCCCCCGCGCCCAUCAACUUCACGAUGCUGCUCCAGAUGUUCGCCGAGAGGAACAGCGGCUCUUCCGACGACGAUGACGUGGUCGCCGCCGCCUUCAACGCCUUCAGCCAGGACGGGUGGAUCGACGGAGAUAUGUUCCGCCACGCCCUCAUGACCUGGGGCGACAGGUACUCGGCCCAGGAAGCGGACGACGCCUUCGACCAGUUCGACAUGGAUGACAGAGGCUUCAUCGACACCGCCGCCGUCAUCGAGAUGCUGACGGGCAAGGGCGACGUCGAGGGCGAAGCUUGAGAGUCGCGAGUCCGAACGCGGUUUAGUGCGCGCGUCACUUGACAAUUUUUAUUAUUUAUUUAUUUUUUUAUUUUUAUUUAUUGAUUUGUUUUCUUCAUUUAUAUAUUUUUGUCAGUGGCUCAUGGAGGAUAUGAGGUUUUCCUUGAGCCGGCCUGGCAGAAGUAUGAAAUUAUCUGUUCAUUUAUUCAUACUGUACAAGCGCACAUGAUAUAUAUAUAUAUAUAUAUAUAUAUAUAUAUAUAUAUAUAUAUAUAUAUAUAUAUAUAUAUAUAUAUAUAUAUAUAUAUAUAUAUAUAUAUAUCAAUGUGCAAACACAUACAACUACACAUGCAUUUAGUUCCUACUUAUUUUUAUAUUCGAAACCCAUACUUUCCUCACACAAACACCUAUGAAUAAAACAUCCUUUCUAUGAGGACAGCCCUUAAUUUGGCAGCCAAAAUGAUCUUUAUUUUUUGCAUCAUCACGAAUGCAAAAACAGAGACCAAUAGAUUAAGGAAAUGCAAGAAUGAUUCAAGAGGGAAAAAUAAAUUACCUCAGUUACCCCUCGCCGAGUGGUUGACAUUUUCUAUGUUACCUCUUGGCUUCGGUUUUUCAAUUAUGAAUAAAGAGUAAACAUGAA